CGACCACUCCGUAGCGGCGGCCGGGGUUCCUUUCAGCCGGAGCGCCUGAGGCGGUGGCUGCCGUGGCUCUCCCCGCCGUGGUAGCGCGUCGUGUAUGACCCCGCGCUGGCUGGGGAAGCCGUCGUUUCUUGGCUGUGUGGCGAGAAGGCAGGAGGGAGCAUGGCGGCCUCGGCGUCGGAGAAAAGCAACAAGAAGAAAACGGAGAAGAAACUCGCCGCUCGUGAAGAAGCCAAAUUACUGGCCAGCUUCAUGGGUGUCAUGAACACCAUGAGGAAGCAAAAAACGCUCUGUGAUGUCAUUCUCAUGGUUCAAGAAAGGAAGAUCCCAGCUCAUCGUGUUGUACUUGCUUCAGCCAGUCACUUCUUUAACUUAAUGUUUACCACAAAUAUGAUUGAAUCAAAGUCAUUUGAAGUGGAAUUAAAAGAUGCAGAGCCAGAUAUUAUUGAGCAGCUAGUGGAGUUUGCUUAUACUGCAAGAAUUUCUGUGAACAGCAACAAUGUCCAGUCAUUGCUAGAUGCAGCAAAUCAAUAUCAAAUUGAACCUGUGAAAAAAAUGUGUGUGGACUUUUUAAAGGAGCAAGUUGAUGCUUCAAAUUGUCUUGGUAUAAGUGUGUUAGCAGAAUGUCUUGAUUGCCCAGAACUGAAGGCCACUGCAGAUGACUUCAUCCAUCAGCACUUCACAGAGGUUUACAAAACAGAUGAGUUUCUGCAGCUAGAUGUUAAACGUGUGACACAUCUCCUGAACCAAGAUACAUUGACUGUACGAGCAGAAGAUCAGGUUUAUGAUGCUGCUGUCAGAUGGCUAAAGUAUGAUGAACCAAACCGUCAACCAUAUAUGGUUGACAUUCUUGCUAAAGUCAGGUUUCCUUUAAUUUCAAAGAAUUUCCUCAGUAAAACAGUGCAGGCUGAGCCACUUAUCCAGGACAACCCAGAGUGCCUCAAAAUGGUUAUCAGUGGAAUGAGGUACCAUCUGCUUUCCCCAGAGGAUAGAGAAGAAUUAGUGGAUGGCACUCGCCCACGAAGAAAAAAGCAUGACUACCGCAUUGCCUUAUUUGGAGGAUCACAGCCACAGUCAUGUCGAUAUUUUAACCCAAAGGAUUACAGCUGGACAGACAUCCGAUGUCCUUUUGAAAAGCGGAGGGAUGCAGCUUGUGUCUUCUGGGACAAUGUAGUUUAUAUUUUGGGUGGUUCCCAGCUUUUCCCUAUAAAGCGAAUGGAUUGCUACAAUGUUGUGAAAGAUAGCUGGUAUUCCAAAUUGGGGCCCCCAACACCUCGUGAUAGCCUUGCUGCCUGUGCAGCAGAGGGUAAAAUUUAUACAUCUGGUGGUUCAGAAGUAGGAAACUCUGCUUUAUAUUUGUUUGAAUGUUAUGAUACAAGAACGGAAAGUUGGCACACAAAGCCCAGCAUGCUGACUCAGCGGUGCAGUCAUGGGAUGGUAGAGGCAAAUGGUCUGAUUUAUGUAUGUGGUGGAAGUUUAGGAAACAAUGUUUCUGGAAGAGUCUUGAACUCCUGUGAAGUUUAUGAUCCAGCAACAGAAACGUGGACAGAGUUGUGUCCAAUGCUUGAAGCCCGAAAGAAUCAUGGGCUUGUGUUUGUGAAAGACAAAAUAUUUGCUGUGGGGGGACAAAAUGGCUUAGGUGGCUUAGACAAUGUGGAAUAUUAUGACAUCAAAGUGAAUGAGUGGAAGAUGGUCUCUCCUAUGCCAUGGAAAGGUGUAACAGUAAAAUGUGCUGCGGUGGGUUCCACAGUUUAUGUGUUAGCAGGUUUUCAGGGUGUUGGUCGCUUGGGACACAUCCUUGAAUAUAAUACUGAAACAGAUAAGUGGAUAGCCAACUCCAAAGUACGUGCUUUCCCAGUAACCAGCUGUUUAAUAUGUGUGGUUGAUACUUGUGGAGCAAAUGAGGAGACCCUAGAAACAUGAAGACCUCAGAAAAAUCCUAUGGUGCUCUUGAAAAAAUAUGUUGCCGAUGCUUCUACUUUUGCGUUUUAGUUUCAUCUUGUCAGACUCAAUACUAUGAAAAAAUUGGAAUGCAAUCCUGCAUUUUAAUUUCCAUUAUGUAUAUUACAUGGAUUAGGUUGUUCAGAUUUUAUUUUUCAAUGUUCUUCCUAAGAAUUGGACGUAUUUUCAAGAAUCGGUGAACCUAAAUUGAAGAGACAUGAAAAUAGACUCCUUAAGAUGCAUUUGUGCAUUUUGCAAACAAAAACAAAACUGCUUAAAGUAUAAUAUGAAAUAAUUCAUGAAGAGGUUUUUUUUUUAGUAGUCUGCACUUUUCAGUUAACAUACUGAAAUACUUCAGGUAGCAAAGGUGAGUGGAAAAAAACUAACUACUUAUGCACCUUCUGCUUGAACUGAGCUGGCUCAGAUUACUGAAGGUAUAUCUGUACAUGAGCACCCUUCUCACUUGGUUUAGUGCUUUAUUAUACCACUAGAAUGAUGCCUAGCAGUAGGCAGAUACUCUUCUUUCCUGACAUUCUUAAUUCCAUCUGUGCAAAACCAUAUAUCUUGUGGUAUGUUCUCACAGUGUCCUUUCAACUACGUGCAUCAGAUCUGAUGCUUUUUCAUGAUUGCAUCUACUUCCUAAAACAUUCACUGUACAAAUGAGAGCACCCAUUACACCUGGAGUUUAAGAAUAAAAUGGUCUCUCACCUCUAGAUGCACACUAAAAGACACCUGUUCAUUUUUGUGAGAAAGUAACUGUGUAGUCAGGGAUACUGUUGGGGUGGAAGCGAAACUUGCCCAUUCUUUGGGAAAGUUUUGUCCCAUUUGCAGCCCAUUUUAUUUCGUCUUAUAAAUGAAUGGGAAUCUAGCCCACCUUUAUCUGCAUAGCCUUGCUCUGGUGUCAUUUCUUUGAUAAGCUCUAGUGUGGCCAAGUUGAAACCCAGAAAAUGAUGUCUAGAAUAUUCCUUCCUUCUAAUUCCUUGUUUGUCCUGGGAGUGGAUUAAAAUUCAUACCCAUUUUUACAGUGCCUGUUGUAAUACUGCAUCUGAAGUUGCAAAACCUAUAAUGUGUGUACUGUAAAGGACUGACUCAUAAGCUUGCAUGUAAGAAAGUGAAUGAUUUACAAUUUGUGCAUAAAAGAUAUUCUGGUUGCUUGACCCAAUGUUUCUUUCCAGAUUCCCCAUCUGUUUGACAACCUGCUGAGGCUCAUCUCUUAGGUUGAAACAUCCUAUGUUUGCUUUAAGGUACACUUUUGUGUACUUGCCUUUUUGCCAUGAAAUCAUUGGAUUAAGUGUUUUUAAAGCUAUAUUAAACAUUGGUGUGUAUGCUUGCAUUUUAAGAACUUUUUUUGGUUUUUAAAGGAAUUCUGAAGCACUUUUUUAUAACUCUGUUUAGGAAGGGUUUUUUUUUAUUAUUAAGCUAACAGAUUUGCCAAGAAUAGAAUAGCUUCAACAUCAACAAGAAGAAACUUAAAUCUCACUUAUGUAUAAAAAUGCAGAUACUAUAAGGAGUUUGAAAAGUAAACUUCCUUUUAAGAAAAAUUAAAAUUAAGCUCCAUUAGCAAAUGGGGUUUCCCUGUAUUGCUUACUAAUCUUCAAGUAAUCCAAAUAUGGACAAUCCUCUAUGAAAGUAGUCUGACAUUUUCUAUAGUUCUAGACUUCUCCAUGUUAUGUAUUUAGGCAGUGUGUGACAAGUCUGUUUCACUGUCAGUUCUUAAUAUAUGGACAGUAGGUGCAACAAGUUUUCUUGGACUAUUUUGUGUAUUGAGAGAUAUGUAUUGAUAAACUUCAUCUUCUGAAUACUUUUGUUAAGUAUCAGCAGAAUUUUUGGAAGUGAAACAAACACCUCAGUGAGGCUUGUGGAUCAGUAAACUUUGUUAAUUAAAUAUUUGUUUUUCUAGA